AACAAAUCUUAAAAACCAUUUUGACACUUGUUGGAGAUGAGUUACAAAAGCCCUACGACAUAAUAAUUCCUUGCGACCAUUUUCAGACAAACAGAAAUGGCGAAUACACAGGUUCUGAAAGACUGGUUUGACCGAGUUGACUCUGACAAAACAGGCAGUAUCACAGCCAUUCAACUCCAGAGAGCCCUUGCGGUUGGAAAUUUACAAUUUCCCAUCACAAUUGUUCAACAAAUGAUCAGGAUGUACGAUUUUGACAGAAAUGGAACCAUGAGUUUUGAAGAAUUUGUGGCUCUCAACAAGUUUCUUCUAAAGGUUCAACAAGCUUUCUCGGAUUUGGAAAGGGGCCAUGGGUUUCUUGUUCCUGAUGACGUGUAUAAGGCUUUGCUGAAACUCGACAUCUCUUUGGAUUCUCCAGCAUUUUACACAGUCUGUGAGAGCUUUGAUAAAGAAAAGGACGGAAAGUUUCGCCUGGAUGAUCUCAUAUCCCUUAGUAUAUUUGUACAAUCUUCCCGGAAUCUUUUUAAUUCUUUUGACACUAGCAAGCAAGGCAUGGUGACCCUUGAUCUGAAUCAGUUCAUCUACUGCACUGCAAAUUGUAGAAUAUGAAGCUGGUCUUAAAAUUUCAUGUAAAGGAUUGUAUUGUACAUUUUAUACGUUAUCAACUUUCUGCAGUUGGUGCCAAUAUCUCUGUAUUUAACGCAAUGUAUGUAAUAAACAUUAUUUUGAGGUUUUAUUAUGAGGUUAAGGUAGUUUGGAACUUAA